CUUGUUGGAAACAAGGAUGGAAUGGACGAGCAAUUGCAACAGUCUGGAAGGUCAAAAAACCUCAGACUGAGUUCUCUAGUGGUAGCAUGGCAGCAGCGUUCCUAGAUGGGAAGGUAGCAAACUCUCUCCUCAAACGUUUUCCACGGGCUAAUGGCUUUCUGGAGGAGUUGCGACAGGGCAACAUUGAGAGGGAGUGUGCUGAGGAGAGCUGCAGCUUUGAGGAGGCCAAUGAAGUGUUUGAAAACAAGGAGCGAACGAUGGAGUUCUGGAAGAACCGCAGCAUCUUUACAGUGAACAGCAAUGCUGAUUCACGUUCAGAGCGCCCGGACACUGUGUACAUGGUGGUGCCUCUACUGGGCAUGGCCCUUCUCAUCAUCAUUGCACUCUUCCUCAUCUGGCGUUGUCAACUGCAGAAGGCCACGCGUCGGCGUCCUGCCUACACCCAGAACCGCUAUCUGGCCAACCGCAAUGCCCGCAGCCUUCCGCGCAUCCUGGUGCACCGCGACCCACCCUCGCAUUUAGACUCUCAUGCCAAUGAUAGGCCUAGCGUGGUGGUCAGCGGUGUGGAGAGGGGCGGAGCUUCUGUCACGACCCAAGACGCCCAUCAUCACACUAAUCACUCUCAGAACAAUCGCUCCUUGUAUGUACAAGAUCCGUCUUUGUCUGUAGCUUCACAUUUGUCUGGGGCGACCCCACCACCAUCGUAUGAGGAAGUCACUGGCCACUUAGAAAGCAGCAGUGAUGAGACUACUGCCCCCUACAGCGAUCCUCCACCCAAAUAUGAGGAGAUCAUUCUAGAAAAGUGAGAGCUU